GAGCCAGCGCAGGUUUCCGGGAGUCACUGAGCAGGCAGGAGCAGCACUGUCUUCGCACUUUGGGGGCUGGAUCCCCGAAAGGACCUCCGUGCAUGGGAGGGGGAGCGAGAGACAGAGUCGGGGCUAAAGAAGAACGAGCGAAAGGACGGCAAAGAGAAGCCUGUUAUAAAAAUGUCACUGCAGAAGUGCCUAGCGGAGUGGGAGGAGAUUGACAGGGAAUUUCAGCAGCUGCAGGAAGCUCAUAAAGUUUACCGGCAGAAACUUGGCCAGCUGAGCAGCCUGCAGAGCGCGUGCAGCGCCUCCAUCCGCAGGCAGAAGCGGAGCCUGUCUGAGCUGCGUUCCAGCCUGCACCGGUGUGCGAAAUCCAGCAGUCCCAAGGAACAGGAGGAGAUUCGCGAGAUACAGGCGCAGAUCAGAGACAGGCAGAAUGUCUUCUUCGAUAUGGAAGCAUAUUUGCCAAAGAAAAAUGGGCUGUACUUAAAUCUGGUUCUGGGGAAUGUAAACGUGACUCUGCUCAGCAACCAAGCAAAAUUUGCCUACAAAGAUGAAUAUGAGAAGUUCAAAUUAUACCUGACUAUCAUCCUGAUGCUGGGGGCCAUAACCUGCCGUUUUAUAGUUAUUUAUCGGGUCACAGAUGAGAUCUUUAACUUCUUGCUGGUGUGGUAUUACUGCACGCUAACUAUACGCGAGAGCAUCCUCAUAAGUAACGGCUCCAGGAUUAAAGGCUGGUGGGUAUCACACCACUACGUCUCCACGUUCCUCUCUGGUGUGAUGCUGACCUGGCCAGAUGGGAUGAUGUAUCAGAUGUUCCGCAAUCAGUUCCUGGGAUUCUCCAUCUACCAGAGUUUUGUACAGUUCCUGCAGUAUUACUACCAGCGCGGCUGCUUGUAUAGGCUCCGGGCCCUUGGCGAGAGGGACCACCUGGACCUGACUGUAGAAGGAUUUCAGUCCUGGAUGUGGGGAGGGCUCACCUUCCUCCUGCCCUUUCUCUUCUUCUGUCAUUUCUGGCAGCUGUACAACGCGGUGACCUUGUUUGGCUUGUCCAGGCAUGAAGACUGCAGAGAGUGGCAGGUUGUCACUCUGGCCCCCGCUUUUCUCGUCCUCUUCCUGGGAAACUUCCUCACCACUCUAAAAGUGCUUCACCAGAAGUUUCAGAAGAACGCAGAAAAGAUCCAGAAGACGGAGCCAUCACUGUCGCCACAGAAGAGCAGGAGGAAGGUCUGGGAGCAGAGUCUUUAGAGCGAGGACAUCAUGGCGUUGGGGGUGCGGGGAGUGGGGGCAGCUCCCGUCCUCAGACUAGCAGAGGAACGCCGCCUCACUGGAGUCGCGUGUCGCUUGCCCUGACUCUCAGACAGAGGCAGAGCUGCUGGAAGCUCGUGAUCCACGUGCUUCUGAAGAGGUCUGUCUAGCCCUGCAGUGUGGCUUUCAUGUGCAUGGAGGGACUCCAUUGACACGAUAUGCAAUACAAGUGGACAGAUAGAGAAAUUCAGUCAUUUAUUUAGAAAUAUACCUCAGAGCAUAAUUUAGGUCAUCCUUCUGUUUCCUGCUGCCUGAUGUGCUUGUUUGCAGUAACUCCCUUCUUCUCUGUCAUAUUAACUUGGACAUGGUCACCAAGUGGCCCACAGCAUCAGUGGGGAUGGUGACAGUGAACUUUCAAAGGGCGUCGUUUCAGAGUAGGCUAGAGCAGGAGGCAUAUCCGUGUCGUCCUGUCUGCUGUGAGCCUCGCGGAGUUUGUCUGCCUGGACCAUGAGGCACAUCCGUGUCGUCCUGUCUGCAGUGAGCCUCGUGGAGUCUGUCUUCAUGGAAAAAAGACCCCCCCAUUUUGUACAUUUCAAAACAUCCUGCCAAGAAGACGAAGCUGGAAAUCUAGCAUGUGUGUGUGUGCUCCUGCUCCUGCUCCUGUUCCUGCUCCUGUUCCUGCUCCUGUUCCCUGCCUUGCGCACAUCGGCUCCAGACCCCCCCGCAACCAUGAGUAGUGCAAGUGAAUACAGAUAAUGGAUGGAUGGAAUAUAUUUGUUUGUUAACAUUUGUACUUUGUACUUUGACUUGUAAUGCUAUUAUUGUUAUAGACACCAGAAAAUGAUUUAAUACAGUAACACCACAUUCACGGGGUUAUGGAAAUUGCCAGAAAGAUCACAAUAUCACACUAUCAUGAUACUUAAGCCACUAUGCAAUACUAUUGCGAUUCUUUACAAUACAGCAGGUACUGCAAUUAGAUUCUGCGAUACAUUGCCAUUUAUUUAUUGCAUAUAUUAUUGAAAUUAAUUACAAAUACUAAGGAAAAUAGCACACGACUUCAUUCACAUUCUCACCUGAAUAUCACACUGUUGUUUCAUUUUCUGUUUCCACAAUGUUUUUGUUUAAACUAUAUGAUGUUACUAUAUUCUUUUGUGAUAUUACUGAUUAUAAUAUCACUUUGUAACAGAGAAAUCCCAGCUUGUGGCCACCUGUAAUCAUACCGAUGGUAGUAAUGGUCAUUAGGAAAGCCCCUGGUCCUCACUCCCUAUUGAGGGCUAUCCUAUGCAAACCACCUAACCAAGACUGAAAAGUCAGGCUGCCACAAGCUUGGAUGAUCAAGGAACCAAGUCAUACAUCACCAUUGUCUGGUUCCUGACCUUUUGUCUUGUCGCUCCUGCCUGGCUGUGAUCAAACAUGGUCUAUUGUCUUAGACUCUGUGAGAAGGCCGGUAUGACACACAAGUUAGGAGAAGAAGGUUGAGAAGGCUGCGCGUAACAACAUCUACUGCACUAGAGAACAUCAUCUGGACAUAAACUCCUUCCUCCGAGAGAAAGCGUCUCUGGUCUGGUCCAUCGAUUACGGCUCAAACAACGGAACCUAACAAACAACUUUAUCAUUUUCUGACGCACAAAACAUCUGAAUGACAAGGGCAGGAAACAUAAAAAUAAAAACACUGAUCGUGGGA